ACUCUGCUUCUUGUGCUCUACUCUAACACAUCAUGAAAUUCUUAGUGGUUCUUGUAGCUCUCGUAGCUAUCGCCUCUGCUGGAGACAAAAAAGAAAAACGUGGACUUUUGGGUCUUGGUUACGGAUACGGAGACUUGAGCUACGGUCAUGAUGCCCUUUCCUACGGACAUGGACAUGGAAUCAGCUCUGCUUCUUUAGUACACGCUGCUCCAGUAGUACACGCUGCUCCAGUAGUACACGCUGCUCCAGCCAUCUCCACUUAUUCUCACGCUCCUUUGGUAUCCACUUACUCUGCUCCAAUCGUAGCUAAGACCUACUCCGCUCCUUUGGUAUCUUCCUACGCCGCUGCCCCAGUUGUAUCCCACGGAUACGGUCAUGGACAUGGACUCUCUUUGGGAUCUGGAUACGGAUACUCCAAAUCUUACUCAGCUCCUUUGGUAUCUUCCUACUCUGCUCCAAUCGUAGCUAAGACCUACUCUGCUCCUCUUGUAUCUUCCUACGCCGCUGCCCCAGUUGUAUACCACGGAUACGGACACGGACAGGGACUCUCUUUGGGAUCCGGAUACGGAUACUCCAAAUCUUACUCCGCUCCUUUGGUAUCUUCCUACUCUGCUCCAAUCGUAGCUAAGACCUACUCUGCUCCUCUUGUAUCUUCCUACGCCGCUGCCCCAGUUGUAUCCCACGGAUACGGUCAUGGACAUGGACUCUCUUUGGGAUCCGGAUACGGAUACUCCGGUGUUUCUUCUUACGGACACGGAUGGUAAAUGAUACUGUGAUUUUUGUAACCUGUUUGUAAAUAAAUAUUUUGCUGUAUUAAAC